GCAACGCCCUCAAGCAGAAUCAACACGUAGUACGACAAUCUAUAUUGCAUUUUUAUAGGUUCUUCCGAGACUUUCUGCAAGAACCUUUGAUAUGGUUUUAAGGGGCAUUUUACUAUUGUCCUAUUUCUUGUUUGGCCUUCAUAUGGUAUUCGGAGCAGCAGUACAACCUUGUUCUGGAAAUACUGCCGCAGAUAGAUCCAAAUGGUGCACUUACAAUAUACACACGGAUUACUAUAAUGUGGUGCCAGAUACUGGUGUUACUCGGGAAUAUUGGUUCGAUCUUCGUGAUCGAGUCUUGGCCCCUGAUGGGAUUCCUCGAUAUACUCAAAGUAUCAAUGGCUCAAUUCCAGGGCCUACUAUACGCGCCAAUUGGGGCGAUGAAGUUGUCGUCCAUGUUCAAAACAAUUUUCAAAACUCCACCAACGGAACCAGUCUCCAUUUUCACGGCAUUCGGCAGAAUUAUACGAAUCAAAAUGACGGUGUAGUCUCUGUAACGGAAUGUCCUACUGCUCCCGGUCACAGGACCACCUAUAAGUGGCGUGCUGCUCAGUACGGGACUACGUUUUAUCACUCUCAUUUUUCGUUACAAGCAUGGGAAGGGGUUUUUGGAGCCAUUGUUAUUGAUGGUCCUGCAAGCGCAAAUUACGAUGUGGAUCAAGGUGCUCUCAUUUUAACCGAUUGGGGUCAUCAGACCCCUGAUGAGAUCUUUUAUCAUGAGUCAAGGCACCCAGGACCUACGUACCUGGAGAACGGUCUGAUCAAUGGUAUGAAUAUAUACAACAUUGGUGAUAAACAGGUUGGCCAAAGGUUUACUAUUGAAUUUCAACCUGGCACUUCCUACCGUCUUCGCCUCAUUAAUGCUGCUCUUGACACUCACUUUACCUUUUCCAUUGAUCACCAUACUAUGACUGUUAUAGCGGCGGACCUCGUCCCGCUCGAACCAUUUACGACAAAUGUUAUCACUAUAGGAAUUGGGCAACGGUACGAUGUUAUCGUUAAGGCAGACCAAGCUCGGAUUGCCCACGAAUUCUGGAUGCGGGCAGUACCCCAGAAUGAUUGCUCCCGAAAUAACAACACAGAGAACAUUAGAGGCAUCGUCUACUAUGGUGAGACUGUACAAGGUCAACCUUCCACAUCCGGCUACAACACCACAACAGGUUGUGUCGAUCAGACCGACAUCGCACCAAUUGUGUCAAAGUCUGUUUCCGAGGACUUUGUAUACUAUGCAAAUGAAGCAUUGACUAUUGGAAAAAAUACUGCCGGUCUAUUUGUUUGGCAAGUAAACGACGUGUCAAUGCAAGUUGAGUGGGAGAACCCUACCUUGCUGCAAAUUUAUAACAAUGUAACGGACUGGUCCAGUACCGAGGGAGUUAUACAACUCGACGAAGUUGACAAAUGGAUUUACGUUCUAAUACAGAGCAGUCUGCCAAUUUCACAUCCAAUGCAUUUGCAUGGCCAUGACUUCUUUGUUCUUGCCCAGGGAACAGGAGCUUACGAGCCUAGCGCAGCUGUGAGCAAUUUCGAUAAUCCACCGCGCCGAGAUACCGCUAUGCUACUAGCGGGGGGUUAUCUUCUCCUCGCAUUCCAGACAGAUAAUCCUGGGGCUUGGUUAUUGCACUGUCAUGUUGGAUUUCAUGCAACUGGGGGCCUUGCAGUCCAGUUUGUUGAACGAUACGACGAGAUUCGGGAUCUUAUUGACUAUGAGAGUCUUUCGCAAACAUGUAAAGCUUGGGACUCCUGGGAAAAGUCAAAAGGCUUGGUGGAAGUUGACUCUGGAAUUUAA